CCAGAGCUGACGGGUGGGGACGCGUCCCGUUUCGGGAAGGAGUCAGUAGCAGCUGCACACCUGGGCAGAGCCGAGCCGAGCCGGGCAGAGCGCGCAGCAGGGAGCGAAAACCUCCACAAUGUGGAGAGGCCUGGCGCUUGCCCUGGCUCUCUGUCUCCUCCCCUUUGGAGGAACAGAGAGCCAGGUGCAAAGCGUCCGGUGCAGAGAAGCUCCAAAAUGGCACAUACGAGAUCAAGAGCCAAUGCUGAACUCUCUGGGUAGAGUGACUGUGGUUGCCCUCCUCCAAGCCAGCUGAUACUUGUGCAUUCUGCAGGCCUCCAGAUUGGAAGACCUGCGAAUGAAAUUGGAGAGUGAAGGAUUUUCCAAUAUCUCAUACAUUGUUGUCAACCAUCAGGGAAACCCAUCUCAAUUACAUUUCAAACAUCUAAAAGAUAAGGUUUCAGAGAAUAUUACUGUUUAUCAACAAGAAGAAAAUCAAAAAGAUGUCUGGACUACAUUAAAUGGCAACAAGGAUGACUUUCUCAUAUAUGACAGAUGUGGCCGUCUUGUGUAUCAUCUUGGUUUGCCUUACUCCUUUCUGACUUUCUCAUAUGUGGAAGAAGCCAUUAAAAUUGCUUACUGUGAAAAAAGCUGCGGAAACUGCUCAUACAUGACCCUAGAUGAUGAAAGCUUUUGCAAGAAUGCAUCUUUGGUAACUGAGGAAGAAACAACUACAACCCCUGACCCUCAGCCUCCCCCCCACCCCCAGCAUCACCGCCAUCACCAUGACCACCACCACCAGCGUCAUCACAGGCACGGGCACAAGCCUUCAGAGAAUAAGAAAUCAGAAGAUUCUGAGACAGCUAUCGAUGCUCACUCUAUGCAAGGUCUUCAUCGUCACCAGGAGUCUACACACCACCAGCACAAGCACAUAGAUCACCCAGGGAGCCAAGAAAAUCCAGAAAUCAGGGUUUUGGAGCUUUCUGUUCCAAGAAAGAAACUCUGAGGAAAGAGAGUAGCUGGUUGUGCAAACCAGCUACUCUGAAAUUUGUCCCAAGGUGCAGAGUCAGCUCCUAAGAGCUGUUGCUGCCAUUGUCGACAUUUGAUAUUUGAACGGUUAGGCAAGUCAGUCACCUGACAAUGUAAAGGCACUACGCUUCCUGCCUCAUGCAGCUGACAGGGGCAACGGGCGGAGGAAAACAUCACUGAAUCCUGUCAGUGCCGUUCACCUCCAGCUGCCUGAUAUCCCGGUCAGCAGCUUGAGCCCACAGAAGCUAGUGCUGCUUGAAAAUGAAAAACUAAGGCAGGAAGUUGAAAAUGAUCUACAAAUUAAACUGCUUAAACAUGAAAAAAAGAAACCCUCUAAGUUUGGACAUGAUUCCACUGCCAGCUAGUUGGUAGUGGAAAUAAAUUUGCUUAUUAAAAAUUUUAAUUUUUGUCCAUUUCACAAAGUACCCAAUUAAUAAAAAGUGAUCCUAAAUUAGAAUUGAAUUUGUGAAAAGAUUUGGAGAUCAGAACUUUAAGCAUUCAAGUGACUACUAUAUUGGCUUCCAAAAUGAGAACUUCCUGCCAGAGGAAUUGGAACCAAACCACAUUAUUUCAGUGCCAACCAAAAGGUGACUGCAGCCUCUGGUUAAUAUGUCUUUCUUGUUUCUCUCCCUGUGUUCUGUUUGCAUCAAUGAAGACAGAAGCCGAAACUAUGACCUAGGGGCUUCUGUUGGACCAUUUGCAAUUCAGAAUGGAAGAAAACCAAAAAAAACAUAUUUGCCUUAUUUUAUAUUACUUUUCUCUUUAGAGGUCUUUUUAAUGCUACUUUUUCUAAGCUGAGAAAUUAAAGAAUCACACCUCAUAGUUCAAGGUGCAUGUUAACUUUGCUUAAAAAAGUGUAUAUGAAACCACAUUACUUUAACGUGACAGCUUUUUAUUGUGCAUUUUUGUCGUUUAACUCAUCUACUUGAUUUUGGAGAGUUAGAGAUAGGAAUAAAACUUUUGCAAUGUCUUGUUUUCUUUAUUUAGCCCUGCAUCAUACUAUUAAACAUUUGAGAGUUUUUCUUUAGAAAGGUCUGGAAAUGAAAGAAUAAAAGACUGACAUCUUACUAGCAGGUUGCUUAGGAAGUAUUCCCAUAGUCAAUGAUGGUUCAGUAGGUAAAUUUACUUCUAUGGACCUGAACUCUUUUAUGGUUAAUACUAAUAAGCAAGAAUGUCAACUAGAACUUGAAAAUCUGAUAACUGUGUGGGAUUGUAAAAAAGAUGAACAAACUCUCAAUAAAACAAAGUUUCAGCUUUG